AUGAAAAAUUAAUUUUCAUAUGGAUCAAAAUAUAAUUCUCAAAUACAACAAACCCCAUUUGGAAACUCUUAGAUAGUAUAAAAAAACAAUUUCCAAAGCAAAUCAAGGUUACCUAUAUUCGAUGAUUAUAAAAUUCAACAACCAUAAUCCUUUUCUUAAUAUAAUAAUUUUUCUAUAAAAUAAUUGUAAACACCUUAGAAAUAUGAUUAAACCCAAUAACAACCAUUUAAUGUAGUUUAAAUACCAAAGGGAUUGAACAACAUCGGAAACAAUUGUUUUAUGAAUACCAUUAUAUAAAUGUUAUAUGGCAUCAAGUAGUUUAGAAAAGCCAUCCUAGAUUUACCAGUCAAAUAACUACAAACUGAUUCAAUUACUUUUCAUUUGUAAUCCCUUUUUUAGGAGUUAAAAUUUUCCAAAACGCAAUAUUCAAUCAAUCCUAGUCAAUUUUAUCACGCUAUUUUGAAGAAACAUAAUCAAUUUUAGUUUGGCAGAUAAGAAGAUGCACAUGAAUUUUUAUUGUGUUUAUUUUAAACCUUAGGAUCUGAAUCUAAGAACUAGCAAAAUGAACAUAAUUUCUUUGAUGAUAUAAAGAACUUUUUUGAAGAUAUUUUUCUUGGGAAUAAUAGAGAUUUGGAAUCAAAAAUUGAAAAAGAAUGGAGAUUAAAAAGAUAAUUGGAAAAUAAUAUUAUUACAAACUUGUUUGUUGGUUUAUUUAGUAAUAAAAUCAUAUGCAAAAAUUGUUAAUUUGAGCAAAUCCAUUAUGAGGAAUUCAAUGUGUUGCCAUUAAGCUUAGAAUAUUAUUUAGGUAUAUGUACAUUUUAAAAAGAAAGUUGUCUUCUGAAUGAACUAAUCAAAUUUUAAUUUAAACCUCAAAUCAUUACAAAUUAUAAAUGUCAAAAGUGUUAAAAAGAUUAGCACUAAUUAAUACAAAAAAUUGCAAGACUUCCGAAAAUUUUAAUUAUCCAAUUAAAGCGAUUCAACUAUUUGAAUUCUGCCUAGAGAAUAAAUACUAACAUUAUCUUCCCUCUCGAAAAUCUGUCUUUGAUUGAGUAAUGUACUCCAAACAUUAGAUCUUGUUCAUAUGAUUUGUAAACUAUAAUUCAUCAUUCUGGAACUUGCAAUAAUGGCCAUUAUUAUGCGACUUGCAAAUAUGCGGAAGAUAAUUCAAUAAAAUGGUUUAGAUUUGAUGAUUCAAUUGUUGAAGAGGCCCAAUUAGAGAAGAGACAAUACGACACAUAUGGUACUCCAACACCAUACAUGCUAAUUUUUGAGUAAAAAUGA